AUGGCGGGAAAUUUCUCUUUCGGUGCGCUCAAGGACGCAUCACCGGCGGCCAUUCAUCAGUUCGUGGAAGAGGAGCAGCGCCGAUUCGAUGCGGAAGUCGCGGAGGUCGAGGCGUGGUGGGCAUCUGGCCGCUUUGCUCUCACCCGCCGGCCCUACACCGCCAGGGACGUCGUUCGCCUUCGGGACAGCCUCCCCAAGAUGUACCCCUCGGGCGCGCAGGCAAAGAAGCUGUACGCGCUUCUGAAGCGGCACCAGGCGAACGGCACUUGUUCCCGCACGUUCGGGUCGCUGGAUCCGGUGCAGGUGGUGCAGAUGGCCAAGUACCUCGACUCCAUAUACGUGUCGGGCUGGCAGUGCGCGUCGACGGCGGCGACGUCGAACGAGCCCGGGCCGGACCUGGCGGACUACCCGUACGACACGGUGCCCAACAAGGUGGAGCACCUCUUCCUCGCGCAGUCGUUCCACGAUCGCAAGCAGCGCGAGGCGCGCUUCAGCAUGAGCAAGGAGGAGCGCGCGCGCACGCCGUACGUGGACUACCUGGCGCCCAUCAUCGCGGACGCCGACACGGGGUUCGGCGGCAUCAGCGCGACGGUGAAGCUGGUGAAGAUGUUUGUGGAGCGCGGCGCGGCGGGCAUCCACAUGGAGGACCAGGCGUCGGUGACGAAGAAGUGCGGGCACAUGGCGGGCAAGGUGCUCGUGUCCACGCAGGAGCACGUCAACCGCCUCGUGGCGGCGCGCCUGCAGAUGGACAUCAUGGGCACGGAGACGGUGCUAGUGGCGCGCACGGACGCGGAGGCGGCGACGCUCAUCAUGACCAACGUGGACAAGCGCGACCACGCCUUCAUUCUCGGCGCCACCAACCCUCGCCUUCGCGACCAGCCGCUGGUGCAGGUGAUGGCGGACGCGCAGGCGGCGGGCAAGACGGGGCAGCAGCUGCAGGCCAUCGAGGACCAGUGGACGGCGGCGGCGGGGCUCCGCCUCUUCGCCGACGCCGUCGCCGACGCUAUCCGCAAGCUGCCGCUGGCGGACGCCGAGAAGACGCGCCGACUGGACCAGUGGGCGGCGCAGGCGGGCGCGCUGUCGAACGCAGAGGGGCGCGCGCUGGCGGCGAAGCUGGGCGUGACGGAGCUGUUUUGGGACUGGGACCUGCCGCGCACGCGCGAGGGCUUCUACCGCUUCCAGGGCAGCACCAAGGCGUGCGUGGCGCGUGGCAUCGCGUUCGCGCCGCACGCGGAUCUGGUGUGGAUGGAGACGGCGAAGCCGACCAUCAGCCAGGCACGCGAGUUCGCGGAGGGCGUGAAGGCGGCGCACCCGCAGCUCAUGUUGGCGUACAACCUGUCGCCGUCGUUCAACUGGGACGCGUCCGGCAUGAGCGACGCGCAGAUGCAGGAGUUCAUCCCCGCGCUCGCGCGCAUGGGCUUCUGCUGGCAGUUCAUCACGCUCGCCGGCUUCCACGCCAACGCGCUCGUCACCGACACGUUUGCGCGCGACUACGCGGCGCGCGGCAUGCUGGCGUACGUGCAGGACAUCCAGCGGCAGGAGCGCACGUUUGGCGUGGAGACGCUGGCGCACCAGAAGUGGUCCGGCGCGAGCUACUAUGACAGCCUCAUGAAGACUGUCACGGGCGGCGUCUCGUCCACCGCCGCCAUGGGUCACGGUGUGACGGAGGAUCAGUUUGGUGGGUCAUUGUGCAAGAUGUGA